ACCUGCAUUUUCUAGUGAUGCAUUUCAGAUUCUGAAAUAUCAUUUUUUUAUCAAUAUGCAUGAGCAUAUGACUCACGUUUUCAACCCCAUCAAUCACGAAUCGUUCUUCCUGCGGAAAUACAUUUCAGAAUGAUAGCAUAUAUGCUUGGAUGUUAGAACCUGUAGAAAAAUUAUGAAUACUAAAAUUAUAGAUGCACUAACCACUGCUCCGGAAACUAAUAUGUAAACAUCUGUCGGUGCUUCAUUUUGUAGUAUCACAAGUUCUCUCGGUGGAAAGUACUCUGCUUCCAUUGCAGUGACCUGCGAAGAUAGAUCACUUCAUUAGCAUUGAGUUGUUUUUGGUAUUUAUUGUAUACAUUCUUCAACUGUCAUAGCAGAGAACUAUUUUUCUUGUUCAUACCAGUUGGAGCAUGCAAGUAUAAGAAACACCACGAAAAAGGUACACUUUUUCAAUGACAGGGAAGAAUAAGUGGUAUGCUAUGCCUGAUCGGAUUCCCUUGGGGAGACUGUCCAAAGUUUCCUUCUGUUUCAGACUCUCUGUCUUAUACCUUAGGCAAAUAUGAGAUAGCAUUUCAUCCCUUAUGUAUUCAGGUAACUGAUUUCUUGAGGCAAACUGGGAAGCUGCAUGGAUUGUGUCCCUCUGCAUCAUGCAAGAAAGGAAAGAUCACAUAAUUCUCUGAACAAAGGUAUAUCCUGAGUUCCUGACAUAUAGUACUUGAGGGCACAUGCCUCAAUUUCCCCUUAAAAUACCCCCUUCCCUAUUUUCUAGUUCUGUCCUGUUUAACUGUGCAAAGCAGUAACAUCGACAUUAGCAGAGCUAUACAAACAUUAGCUGCGGGUAUUUGGAAGAGAACUUACGAAAUUUCUGGUACGGCAACUUCCCUGGACAACCAGAUUUGUCAUGUUUCCUAUGAGGUAUGCUGUCAGUCCCAGAUUAAACAGCAUGUAGCAUAUACUGAAUAACAUCUCUCUUGGAUUCUCUGCAUGCAAGUCUCCAUAACCAGUUGUUGUAAGUGUUGUAAUAGACCAAUAAAUCGAUGUAACAUAUCGAACCCAUAGGCUCUCUGAUCUGUAGUCUGGUCUUGCUGCUCCUAUCCAGGUUCUUGCUGGAUUGGGGUAUCUAUCAGCUAUCAGGUAAUUGAAACAUCCUGAACAAUGUACUGUAAAAAGAGUAACCUGCAGAAUUUACUCGAAAAUAUAGUAAGUUUAUUCUAUUGAGGUACUACAUAUUUGACUUGUUUUAUGUUUGAAGGAAACACACAAACUUACAGAUAUUAGUUUGAUGCACCUUAUCCAGUAGUAGUCCAACCUAAUAUCCUUUUCUAGUCUACAGGAGAUGCUUUACCCUAUUAGUUUCUGGCUAUCUUAUUUUUAAGUUUUGAAAAAAACACUUACCUGGCAAAUAGAUCACUGAGGCGACGAAGGCGCCAUAACCGUAGCAUGUUAAGAAUUCUGUAAGCGAGGCCAUUUGCAUGCUUUUUAAAUAGUAGACCAAACGCUUGAUAUGGAAUUGUUGAGCAAACGUCAAAAAUGAACCAAGAGGAGAUAUAUCUGCAUACAUGCUAUUUAUCAGUUUCAUGGUAAAUCUUUCUAAAUAUGCUACUACCUUUGAGUACAACAUAGUUAAGGUCGAGGUGCCAACCUUGCUGCAAUCCUUUUCGGAUUAUCCACUAGAAGAUAUGAUUUUUUAUCAAGGUAUGCCAGGAAAAAGGUUAGGAUGAUAUCUAUAGCAAAGAAGCUGUUGACAAUGUUCUCAACCAGAAAAAGCACCCAUGAGAGAUGUCUCAGAAAUGCUAGCUCAAAUGGACAGAUCCAUGCUGAGUAAACAACAAGCACAAGCAAGAACGUCUCCCAGGUUCUGAUAAGGCAUGACAAACAAGCAAGGUAAAUACUUAUAUUUUCUUUCGCAGUAUUUGAAAGCAAAUACUAUGAAUUUUACCUGUAACACGAAUCAUAAGGAGAAAUGAUGAAUUUCCUCAACUUGAUUGACUCGUUUGCUUUUGCUCCUAGAGAUGGGAGCAGGUCAUUGUGAAAUAUAUUGCUAAUAUCUUCCAUUGGUGUGUUUGACUAGAACAAUGAUAGUACCAAACUUGAUAUCAUUGUAUGCGCUCCUAUAAAUGUUUUCGGUGUAUGGAGAGCUUUCUGGAUUGUUUGGCAGUGAAUCUUUGCAUGCCUUUGAUGGGCAAAGGAUGGUUGUGUUUCUGUUCCAAAAUGACGGCUGCGGAUGCUGCAUAAAUAAGAGUUUGGUUUGGUUCCAAGAAGGAUUGGAAGAGGAUCAAUGAGACAUGAAAGUAAGAUAUUUGAUGUGGACUUCAAUGGAAAGUGACAUUUUUUUGGUCUCUUUGUUUCUCUGCAAACGAAUGGUCUUAGUUUUCUGCUCGUGUUUUUUGGUAGGUUAGCUACGAAUGGUAUCUGCUAGCUCAUUGUGUUGUAUCGCCUUUUUAGACUCAAUGCAAAAUUUUCAGUGUCAGAUGGAAAUAAUCAAUCACUAAAAGUUUUUGAAAUUUCUUCUUAAGAUAUAGAAAACUAUAUUCUUAGUAGCAAGAAAAGGUCGCUCCUAAGAUAUAUAGUUUGUCAUGAUUUUCUGUCUAAAUGAAGCCAUACCAUUUUAUGACCUAUGGGACAUGAAAUUUAUGCAAUGAGUGAAUGUGCAAAACUUCAGCUGCCUUCUGAUAGUGUGAAUUAGAUGAAAUAUAUGCAGUUGAGAUAUUGAUAUGAAAGCUUAGCAUGGCUAACUUAUUGUUAUUAAAUUGAGUGAAAUGCAUAAGAGGCUCAUGAACUUGUCGCACGCUGUCACUUAGAUUCCUGUAGUUUAAACAUGUAUUUGUAAAUAUCUAAACUUGUUAAAUAUUACACCAAACUAAAUGAUAUACACCGCAGCUUCGUACUUAUCACACAACUGCAAGGCCGUCAAGGAUGUGGUCGACGAAGGUAUGUUUGAAUGCACUAGAGCUUAUAGUUAGUUGCUAAGAUUAGCCGCAGGAAUUCAAACACCCUAGCUAAUAGUUCAGCUAUUAGCUACUUUUAGCAAAUCAACUAAUAGUUAGCUAACUAUUUGCUAGCUAGCUAAUUCUAGUAUUCUACUAGUAACUUUUUAGCCAGCUUGGCAUCAUUACUCUGCCAUCCAAAGCAAACAGUUCGGCAUCAUUGGAAAAUGCAGCAAAGUUGCUGAAGAUUAAGGCCAUAUUUGAAUGCACUAAAGCUAAUAGUUAGCUGUUAAAAUUAGUUGAAGACAUUCAAACAGUCUAACUAGAUAUUUGUUAGCUAGCUAAUUUCACUAGCAAUUUUUUAGUCAACUAACAAUUAGCUCUAGUGCAUGCAAGCACCUCCUGAUCAAUAUUUAGUAUUCCCGUUCAAUUGCACACAUUAUAUUACACAUGUUGCCUAGAUUAUACCUGCAUUCAUGUGCCUUUCUUGCAACACAUGACUGUUAUUGGAGAGGUAUAUUGAAAAUAUCGUCCUUGUUUUUCUUUGCUGAUGUACCAAUGCAGGCAUACAGCAGGAACCCUCCAAAAGGCUUCGCCAAUGAAGUUGUAUGGACAGAUAUAUAAAUAAAAAGGAGUUUACUUAAUCCGUUGUGAAGAAAUAUAAAUAUUCCGAUUGCGGGGUUCAGCUUGGCCUUUCUUACAAUGCAUUCGUUGCCUUCCAGAUGCUGAACUUUUGUCACAUGCUGCCUGUGAGUUUGCACCUUCGCUAGAACUAGAAGCCUGUAUACUGGGCCGCCAACAUCUGUUCUAGUACCUUUUAGCUUCAUCACAUGUAUCCAUUUGGUUGCUUUUGAUCCCUGCAUCACUCUCAGCUUUGCUAACUCGUGACCCUUGUUCGAGAGUCUGAGCACCUGGAAAUAUAUACGUUGAUUCAUGAAGAGUGGAGAUAACUCACGGGGUACUUGCCUUGUUAUUACAUAGACAUGCAUCCUUCUUUCACACCACACUGUGUUACUCUUCUGCAAGUUGGAUUCUGAAUUUCUGAUGGGACUCUUGAAAACGAUUUGUAACUGCCUAUUGGUAGAAGACAUGUACUGCUUCUGCUUUCUGCUCCUGGUGACAAUAGUUGAAUCAGAGAGAAACAUGAAACCCUUUUGGGCAGAUAUGCGUCAAGUGAGCGCAAACAAGACACCGCCGUUCCCUGGCAAUAGCCAUCUUCAGAACAGAAGCUUCGUAGUUUCCAGAUUUUGACAGGUUUGGGUAUACACCUAAUAAAAAUCUGGAGACGUGGCCAUUGUUGCAACAUUGUUUUGAAGAUUUUGACAGAUUCCGUGGCCAAACUUUGGUGGUUUCAGACUACGGAAGGUCCAAACGGCUACUAGGGACUGCUGAUGCCAAAUUCUUGCGAGCUUGUCCUGGUUUCAACCACGGGUUGUGAUUUGGUUUGGCAUCCAAUGGAAUGGAAUGGAAUGGAAAGUGAGACCAGGUUCAGGAAUGGAAUACAAAAAUAUCUGCUGUGCUCUCUUGUUUUUCUCCCUUUUUAACAAGAAAACGAAGAUUGCUAUACAGCUACUAGUGAGCUCUGUUCUUGCGUUGCUCUCUCAAGAUCUUACCCCUGGACGCAGUAACAGAGAGGUCAGUGGCAAAUGGAGUGGAUGCGUGAUCGUCGGAUGAAGUGGGACCUGAAUUCUCCGUUCACCUGUUUGAGCCCAAGAAGAUUGUGUCGAAAUCGCCUCAGUUCUUCCGUCCAAGGAUCUCGGUGCGAACCCUGACCAGGCAGUCAGGCACCCACCCCAAUGCUAUGUCCAAACUUCAGUCAGAAUGUCAGAUUCGUCAAGCAAACCCACCACAUCUUGGCUUCUUCGUACUUCUCGAGGAAAAGCAGCUAGCGUUUCUCCUUGGUGGCGGUAUCCCAAUUAAGAACCAUCGUGCCAAGACCUUCAAGGAGGCGUCAUGCCAUUCAAGUUGUCACGGCAUUUGAUGAUGAUCCUGGGGAUUUCUCGCUGGUGCACGAUGACGGGGACGAGCAGUUUGGUGUUCCUCAGUAUUCAAGCGAGAGUGAAUGGAGCGAUGAUGAUGUCAUAUUGACGGCAUUCACAGAUGUUGAGUUACCGAUGGCAGUCAAGAGCCGGGCCGAGGGUGCACUAACUAUAGCUGCCCAUAGGUUCGCCACGAUUGACAAAGGGCAUAAGAAGAGCAGUUUUAUCAGCACUUGCUGGAUUCCUUUUUGCACCAGUCGCUGAUAGUCUGAAGAUCCACCAUUUCCGGAGGAGAGGAAAGUCUGUUUCUCCAUCAAGUAGAAAGCCAACCCCUGGAAUGGGAGGAUUAUUCUUUGUUCCUGUUGGUAUUUUUGUUGCAAAAAGAGAGGUUGGUUCCAACUCGAAUGGAGUUAAUGGAGCAGCUAUGAUUACCCUCAUAUUUGCGAUGGUUGGGUUGCUUGAUGAUAUUUCUAGUCUAGCAGUAGAUCACAAUUAUAAAAUACCGCGAUGGAUAAGGUUCUUGGUUCAAAUUGUUGCUGGCAUUUACUUCUCUAACUGGUUGGGUUCUACAGAUAUUUCAACACCAUAUAGCAUGAAAUAUCUGGUUCCUCUGCCGCCUCCUUUCGGCCUUGCACUCAUUGGAAAAGUAUAUAUGGUUCUGGCUGCUGCAUGUUCACUUUCCAUGGGUCCGGCAGUAACACUCGUUGAUGGUCUUGAUGGUUUGGCUGGUGGUAUUGCUGCUUUGGCACUCAUAGCACUAUCUGUUGCAGCUCUCCCGAUUUGCUCUGAAUUCAGUGUUUUUGGAGCAUCAAUGUCAGGUGCUUGCAUUGGGUUUCUUUUUCACAACAGAUACAGGGCCUCCGUGGUUAUGAGCCGGGUUGGUUCUUUCGCACUCGGAGGAGCAGUUGCCACAAUUGCAUCAUGCAGUGGAAUGUUUCUUCCAAUGUUAAUAGCAUGCAGUCUCUUCUUUGUUGAGCUACUGUUUGCAAUAUUGCAGGUUCCUUUUCACAUGGCUAAAAACUCUUUCCGCGGAACAAGCAGACAUCCCCUGAAAAUCCGCCCCUCGCAUUACUACCUCAGACUUCUAGGGAUAAAGGAACCUUAUAUCGUGGCGGGCGCAUACAUGAUAUCAUGCUUCCUAACUCUGUUGGCAGGAUACCUUGGCCUUGUCUCAGCGUAGAUGAACUCUCGUCGCUUCCUCUCUUUUUCUUUUCAGUUGUGGUACAUGAUAAAAUCCAGGCAGCCAUUAUUGCUUCAUUUUUAUGCCAGGUCUGUGUUUCAGUGACACAGAGAAUUUAACAGAUGUAGUCGUUCUUUAA